AAACAACAACACAGCUUCGCCAACAGUCAACGGGUCAACAACAAAAACAAGCGGAGCGAAUCGAUGAACCUGUGUCACUGUAAAUACUACAGAUCCGAAACAAAAGCGUUGUCAUGGCAGCCGUGCAUUUGAAACUCAACAACUCGACUUGUCAGUGCGGGAAGUGCAGCUGUGGACAUCUGACCCGAGGCUUAUUUUAGUACACGACAGGUCAAGUUAACAGGUUUCAUGCACACACAAUUAUAUCUGGAAACUUUGUAUGUGGAACUUGUGAUGUUUUGAGAAGUAUUUCAAAUUAUUAAUCUAGUCCCACCCACAAUGGGUGUUUAUAUACUCUCUCUCUCUCUCUCUCUCUCUCUCUCUCUCUCUCUCUCUCUCUCUCUCUCUCAAGGUUUUGUAACAAGAUGAAUCUUGCUUCUGAUGUGAAGUUUGCGAGAUGUACUUUGAGUGGACUUCACAGAGCGUUGUGACUCAUAUCUGUCUGUGCUGGUUUCGUUUUGAGGAUUGGGUUUAGAUCACACCUUUACUCAAAGAAACCCACAAUCAGAGUAGCUCAGAUCCGUUAGCAAUAAAGAUCUGUUUACUUUUAGUGUCUCCUGUCAAGACAAAACACACAUGUGCUCAGGGUGCUACAUCCAUUCGAAUCACUGGAGCUUUCCCAUUGUGCUUCCUGUGUAAAACAAUAGCAUAUCGGAGCCGAACGAAGCAUUACUGGAUCUGACCUUUCCAUAGCCCGACUAGUGUUACCUCGUUUGACAUCAUAAAGGGAUAGAAGAAUGAUUGUUCUGUGACCACAAGCGCUCUGUGUGACGUGUAUUAUCUCAUUUGUCCAGUUUUCCUUCUUUAUCUCUCUUGCUCUUCUAUUAUUCACUUUUUGUUGCUAUUUUUGUGAGCUGUGGGACAUCCCCCGCCCUGAUCCACGAGGUCACAGGUUAAGAGGUCCAAUCCUGGUAGCUGUACUUCCAUAGCCAUCCAACUAAGAUCAAAACCAGAGAGGUGGUCCAUCAUCAAUGUGCUGCUAUUUGACCUCCAGAUCUGGACAGGAGUAAAGAUCUUGUCUUUGAAGGUGUGAGAGUGGGAGGAGAGGUGAGAUGGAGUCAGAGGAAAGAGAAGGAUGCACUUUAGUGCAGGUGAUCAGUGAGAAGUACAAUCCUGACAAUUUUCCAUACUGCCGUGGGCCAGGGGUCGGAGUGGUGAUCCGGUCAAGCCCCCAGGGUUCACCUGUCAAAGAUCGUCUCAAUCUGCCCAGGAUCCUGGUUUUGGAUGGUUGUGGUAUCACAGAGGCCGGCGAUGAGGAGGAGGUGGCCACUUGCUGCGCUCACGUGGUAGAGCUAGACCUCUCUCACAACCAGCUGAAAGACUGGGGAGAGAUAAGUAAGAUCCUGUUUAAUAUACCUAACCUGGACUUUCUCAAUCUGAGCAUGAAUCCACUGAGAGGGUCGAGUCUGGAUCCUGGAGCUGCCGAAGCCUUUUCUGGCCUCCGCCGCCUUGUCCUCAAUAACACGCAUGUCACCUGGGACAUAGUGCACACACUUACACGAGAGAUCCCAGAAUUGGAGGAGUUGUUUUUGUGUCUGAAUGAGUAUGAGAGCGUGAGUACAUCAUCUGUACCAUACCCGUCGCUGCGUCUGCUGCAUAUCACAGAUAACCAGCUGCAGGAAUGGGCGGAGGUACGCAAACUGGGCCUCAUGUAUCCAGGCCUGGUGUCUCUCAUCCUAGCUAACAACUCCCUUUCAGCUAUCCAUGAGCCCGAGGACUCCCUGCAGAGGCUCUUCCCAAACCUGCGCAGCAUCAACCUACACAACUCAGGUCUGAGUCGCUGGGAGGACAUUGAGAAACUGAAUUUCUUUCCAAGGCUUCAAGAGGUCAGAUUGUUGGGUAUUCCUUUACUGCAGCCUUACACAGAUCAGGAGAGACGCUGCCUUAUGGUGGCACAGUUGCCAGGUGUGACUGCACUGAAUGGCAGUAUCAUCACUGAAGUAGAGAGAGAGGAUGCAGAACGCUUUUUUAUCCGCUACUAUCUGGACUGCCCUGAGGAUGAGCUACCACAGAGGUACCACAAUUUGGUAGCACGCUAUGGCCGCCUAGCCCCGCUUGCAGAGGUGGAUCUGCGCCCUCUCUGCAGUGCUCAAGUAGAGGUGCGUUUUGGAGACCAGACAGAGCCCCUAGAGCUCAGACUGGAUCAGACAGUGGCAGACCUAAAGAAGCAGCUGAGAGCCGUGAUCCAGCUACCUCCAAACAAAAUGCGUGUAUACUAUAUUGACCGGCAGCUCGGCUAUGCACUAGAGCCUCAGGAAAUGAAAUAUGGAGCUCGAGCACUUCACUCCUACAGCAUACGAGAUGGAGAUGAGAUCAUGGUGGUGCCUAAGACACAGUGACAGAAGACAACUGGACCCACUGCAAAAAAUAAAAAGUACAUGUUGAGAUGUCUUUUCAAAGCUGGAAUAUGAGGGACAUCAUCUUCCAAUAAAGGCAGGAAUCUGUCUGCCUUAUAUUUAGGACAAAGAGAAACAGGGCCCUAAAAAGAGACAUUGGAUUGGGUCUAAAAAAUGGUGUGGGCUAAAGAACUUUUUUUAACCUUAUUUACUUUUAAUGUACUUUUUUUUCUUGUGUUUAAGAGACUGCUUCUCAGGAAUCACCAAUAUAUGUGUACUUUAAAGAGCAUUUUUACCAUUUAUUAAUCAAGUUAAGCUUUAUAACACAUUUCCAAGGUACACAUACUAUAUGAACAAAUAUAGUCUCACACAUUAACUAUACAGUAUAUAGACAUUCGCUGCUCCUAGUUUACUCAUAUUUCCAAAAUCAGUUAGGUGUGCCCAGGCUUCUGCAUCUCAUCACUUAAACUAUAUAAGCUCAACUCAACUGCUCGUCACCCUGCCGUCCAGUUACGUGAACCUAUGUUCCAUUUUCAAACAUUUAAACUACUUUUAUGUGGGACAAAAAGGAGAAUUUCUAAUUAAUGUCCCCUAUGUAAAAUAGAUUCCUUAGCUCUUUUGGCUGCCUGUUUCCUUAAGAUGGAAGUAGUAAGGUGGUUGGUUGUAAGAAUUAAGGGAGGAGGGCUUAUAGAAAGUCUCCAGUUGUAACAUCAACCACAUAGCCACUUUCUCUCUGCUUGAAUUACAACAGAGUCAGCUACAAGCCUGAAAUUCUUCAGGGCUCGUAUGCGUAUUUACACAAUUUCCAUCCCCACUGCAUUAUGACCACAGGCUGACUGCAAACCUCUUGUUAUCUGAUAAUCUGGAAUGUUUUCAGCAAGACCCCUGCCACCUCUCUCAUUGGUGGAAAUAGUCCCUGGAGUAUGUAGGUGCCAUAUAGAGCAUGUAAAAUUGGGUUCUACACCUGCAUUCCAUCAUUUUUGGCCCAUGUUUUAGAGCCACAAUUUUCAAACCGAAAGGCGCACCUCCCCAGGGCAUGUCAGGGGAGGCACGGAGAAUUAUGAUAAAUUCACCAAGUAAAAUCAUAAAUAAAUAAAUACAAUAAAAAUGUAUUGUGAAGUACAAUAAUGAAAAUAAUUGGUUAAAUAGACCAUAGUUCAGCUUAAUAGACAGUAGCUCUAUGACGUUAUAAUUCUGUUAAAUGUCAUGAACGCAUGCAUAUCAUGCAAGAGUGCAUCUGUACCGGUUGUGUAAGUGCAAAUCUCUCUGCUCUCAUGCAGAUUUACAAUGCGCUGCUCUAUGAAAUCUAUCAGCUCUCUUUCAGAGAGUGCAUGUACGCUCAAAACCGGUCAUGUGCACUCACAAAUCUAUUAUAAAGCCAUAUAGCUCUGCCUUUGUUCAUUCAUCCAAAUAUUCUGUGUCUGUAGACAUGUUAUAUCGAGGAAGAAACAAACCGGAGUUUGAGGAAUCAACUUGCCAUUUGGCCGGUAACGAUUAAAAGAUACGCUGUAUAAUACAUGGUUAAACUCGUAUUGAAUAAUAAUGAUAUUCUGAUGAUCACUGAUGAGACAUGAGCAAAUCAAAUGACAUAAACAGUCAACUAAGAACAUCUGUUGCGAGCCUUGCGACUCCCGUCUUCUGUCACUACAGUGGAAAACAUAGCUGCACAAGUUUAUCUAGGACACAGAAAAUCCGAAAAUGUGGACAAAAUCACGACGUUCGACAUGAUAUCGGGUUGAAGUGUCUUCAUGUGUUUGUGUUUGAUUAACAUUAAUGGAGAAUUGCUCCAAUGCCUGAAAUAUGAUGAAUUUUAAUAAUAUAACACUUGAGGACAAUACCUGAUAAAACUUCAAAAAAGUUUUUAGUGGAAGACUAAAAACAUUUAGCAUAGGCUAUUCUAUUUAUUAUUUACUUGGCUAUUGUAAAGGCCUAUAUACAACAUUUGUAUGGGGGGGGGGGGGGUCUUGUCUUGACAGUCUUGUAAAUUUUGAGUGUGUGUGGGGGGUUUAACACUUUGAAAGCCCCUGUUUUAGAGAAAGAAAACUGCAAAAAGGGACCAAUAAGAAUUCCACUCAAGAUGACCUGUGCAACACUUUGGCAGUCAUAUUUAUUUGAUGGAUUUAAUUCAUUAUAUAUUUUUUAUUUUUAAAUCAUUUUUAAUGAUUUAAAAGAUGUCUCAACAUUUUAUAGGUUUUACAGAAUUUGAAGAUAUCUCUGCUGUCGUUUGUUGAGCAUUAAAUAUAGGGGCUAGGGGGACAGCCAUAGAUACUGUAUAUAACCUUAUUCUUUUUAUCCAUAGUAUAAAUGUGUAAAUGCUUUUCA